AUGCCAACAGGAAAAGUCCUCAUCAUCCUCUCCGACGCACACUCAUUCCCUCUGCACAAGUCGGAUGGCACCACGGUCGAUCAGCCGUCUGGCUUCUUCCUUAUGGAGCUCGCAAAGCCCCUUGCCAAGAUCCUUGAUGCAGGCUACGAAGUCACCUUUGCUUCUCCCAAAGGCCAAACACCUCAGCCAGAUCCAUUGAGCACUUCUCUUCUUGCCUUCGCCGGCAACUACUUGGAGAAGCAGAGGGAGACAGCUCUUAUAGAUAAGAUGAAGACCGAGAACAACCUGAACACUCCAAGACCGUUCAGUAGCCUCUCUGAUGAGGAAUUGGCGACGUACGAUGGUGUCUUCAUUCCUGGGGGACAUGCACCCUUGUCUGAUCUUGGCGCCGACAAAGAACUUGGUCGCAUUCUCACUCACUUCCACGAAACGCAGAAGCCUACCGCAAGCUUGUGUCAUGGUCCAUAUGCCCUUCUGUCGACGAAGGUUGGGCCUCAGGGUACUUUCGUCUACAAGGGAUAUAAGAUUACAUCAUGGUCCGACACCGAGGAGAAGUUCAUGGAGACGAUGCUCGGCGGAGAGAUCACUAAGGUCGAGAGUUCAUUGAGGGAUGAAGGUGCGGAAAUGGUCGAAGGAUUGGCCCAAAGUGCUUUGGGGCGCAUUACGGUGGACCGUGAGCUCAUUUCCGCGGCCAACCCUAUGGGAGCUGACGGCCUUGGUGACAAGUUCGUCGAGAUGUUGAAGAAAUAA